CUUGGUAUCUUAGCGGGAAAAAGGACAAACAUACAGCUGCUUCAUCUUCACCACCCGACAUCUCUCCCACAACAGAUCUAAUUAUCAUCUCAAUCUCACACACAUCACCACACCAUCACCUUCACACACUAAAAAUGCCCAAAGCCUCACCCUCACCCUCACCACCACAACCACUACCCAAAACCCAUCUCAAAAACCCACUAACCACCCUCUUUCUCAUCACAGUCCUCUGCUCAACCUUCUACACUCUAAGCUCAUACAGAUCCACCAUCACCCCACCCCCAAAACCCAAACCCAAACCCAAACCUAAACCCACAACCAAAACCCACUUCAAUUCCCCAAACCCCAUCACCAAUUUCACAUCUUUAACCCACCAAACCACUCCCCCACCACCCAUCUUCAAAACCCACCAUAAAAAUCACACCUUUAACCCAUUACAACAAUACCCACCUAAAAAGUUCCAAUCUUGCCCCUCAAAUUUCACCCAUUACUGCCCCUGUCAAGACCCUUUAAGAGAAAGAUUCUUUAAAAUUACAAAAAUGUUGCAUAGAGAACGCCACUGCCCCACCGGAGAAUCUGAGAUUCUCCGGUGUCUGGUGCCGGUUCCCUUGGGGUACAAGAAGCCGUUUGUGUGGCCGAAAAGUAGAUCAGAAGCUUGGUUUAGUAAUGUGCCGUUUAAGGUGUUGACUGAGUCAAAGAAGCAGCAGAAUUGGGUCAGAUUGGUGGGUGAUCGGUUGGUGUUUCCAGGUGGUGGGACUAGUUUUCAGAAGGGUGUUAAGGGUUAUGUUGAUGUGUUGAAGAAGAUGGUGCCAUUAGAAUCUGGGGUGAUUAGGACAGUGGUUGAUACAGGGUGUGGGGUUGCAAGCUUUGGAGAUGCUUUAAUGGAUUAUAACAUCAUAACAAUGUCUAUAGCUCCAAGAGACAUACAUGAAGCUCAAGUGCAAUUUGCUCUAGAAAGAGGUCUUCCUGCAAUGCUUGGUGUUCUUGGCACCUAUAGACUACCAUACCCUUCAAGAUCAUUCGACAUGGCUCAUUGCUCGCGUUGCCUUGUGCCAUGGACCCAAUACGAUGGGUUGUAUCUAAUGGAAAUUGACCGGAUUUUGCGGCCCGGUGGUUAUUGGGUGCUGUCCGGCCCACCUAUUAAUUGGAGAAACAAAUACACAGCCUCAGAUGGAACCACCAUAGAUCCUAAAAAAGAACUGACCCGUUUAGAGGAUCUUGCUAGACGGUUGUGUUGGAGAAAACUUAAAGGAAAAGGCCCGAUUGCCGUGUGGCAGAAACCUAACAAUCAUAUCGAAUGCAACAAAAGAAAUUCAAAAUUUCACAAAUUUUGCGACAAAAAUGAUGAUCCUGAUGACGGCUGGUAUAAAACAAUGGAUGCAUGCAUCACUCGUUUACCGCAAGUAGAUCAUAUGCAAGAUGUCUCGGGGGGUGUUCUUGAAAACUGGCCGAAAAGGUUGAAUACCGUCCCACCUAGAAUCGGGUUGAUUCCUGGUUUAACGAGUCAAGAUUUUGUUGAUGAUAAUCUGAUGUGGCGAAAGAGAGUUUCGACAUACGCAGGCGUGCUAAAAUCGUUAUCGAGUGGCGGGUAUAGAAAUGUUAUGGAUAUGAAUGCAGGGUUAGGUGGGUUUGCAGCUUCACUUUCAAAGUAUCCGGUUUGGGUCAUGAACGUUGUUCCUCAUGAUGCAGAGUAUAACACCCUUGGUGUUAUCUAUGAACGCGGUUUGAUCGGAACGUACAUGAACUGGUGUGAACCGUUUUCGACAUAUCCUAGAUCAUAUGACUUGAUACAUGCCGACAAUGUUUUCAGUAUGUACAUGAACAAGUGUGACAUUGUGGACAUAUUCAUUGAGAUGUACAGGAUUAUUCGGCCUAAGGGGACGAUAAUUAUAGCAGAUCAUGUAGACAUUAUCGUAAAGAUAAAAAGCCAUACAGAUCAAAUGAGUUGGCAUGCUCGAUUAUUAGAUACCGAAGCGGGCCCGUUUGGCCCGCGAAAAUUGCUUUUUCUUGAUAUUUAAAGCCAUGAAGAUAUAUAUUUAGCAGCAGAUUAUGUAAUGCAUGGUGAAAUAGCUAGUAAAUUGUAGAUGUGCCAAUUCUGCCCAAUUUAUUUAUUAAUGACUUAUGAGUUA